AUGAAACAGUUUCUGUUGACUUUUUGCCUGGCCGUAGGCCUUUUCAGCACUUUGUUAGCUCAAACAGACACGUAUGUACUUCUAGAGGCUUCUAGCCCUUUGGUAACCCUAAAGAGUGGUAGUGUUCGUGAGCAGUACAGGACAGUGAAGGGCACAGAAAAGGUAUUGGGGGAGUACCUGGGGAUUCCCUUUAAUGUGGUUGUCAUUCAGUAUCGCCUUAGCAUCCUGGGUUUCUUAAGCUGUGCCAAAACAACAUUACAACACCAGAUGUAUUGUUUAUUUGCUUCAAGUACAGGAGACAAACAUGCAGGUGGUAACUGGGGCUUCUUGGACCAGUUUGCCAGCCUUCAGUGGGUUCGUGAUAAUAUAAUGGAUUUGGGGGGAGACCCAGGCUCAGUCACCAUCUUUGGACAAUCUACCUGGGGCAUUAGUGCCUCCAUGCUGGUAGGUAUGAGAAAGACAGCAGUGAGAUGGUCAGGUACAGAGGAAGCCAUCCCUAUGAGUGGAGUGGCACCACUGGAGGCCCAUUACACCAACAACUCACUGGCCAACGCCAAGGUUCAGGCAUUCUUGGGCCCUGCCAUUGAUGGUGUGUUCCUGAAAGUGCCUCCUGAAGAGGUUUUGAAGAACAAGGAGUUCCUGAAGGUUCCUAUGGUUGUAGGGGUGGUCAACCAUGAAUUUGGAUGGAUUAUGGCUCAGGCAAGCUCAUUGGCUUUUAUAUCUUGUUGUGAGAUUUUCUUUAAGACAACAUUCUCGUGGUCAUCAGAUCAGAUCAGAUUACUGUACCUGUAUCACAUUUCCGAUAUCUUCACCUCUGUUGCAGUCUAACUGUUGUUUCUGAUGCCAUAGUUUUUUGCACCUCUGGGUUGGGUUGAUGGCAUAGAGAAGCAGUCUGUGGUAUCCGUGAUGGAUAUUUUCUUCCCAGUUUAUGUAAGUUCUCCAUCCACUUAUAUACUUCUCUUCCCUUUGAACUCACGAAAAUUGGCCUACAGUGCAUUUGGAAAUUAUUCAGACUCGUUACAGACAUAUUCUAAUACGAAUUAAUUGUUUUUUCCCUCAUCAAUCCACACACAAUACCCCAUAAAAACAGGUUUUUAGAAAUGUUUCUAAAGUUAUAUAAAAAAAACUGAAAUAUUAUAUUUACAUAAGUAUUCAGACCCUUUACACUGUACUUUGUUGAAGCACGUUUGGAAGCGAUUACAGCCUUGAGUCUUCUUGCGCAUGACGCUACAUGCUUGACACACUUGUACAUGGGCAGUUUCUCCCAUUCUUCACUGAAGAUCUUCUCAAGCUCUGUCAGGUUGGAUGGGGAGCAUCGCUGUACAGCUAUUUUCAGGUCUUUCCAGAGAUGUUUGAUCAGGUUUAAGUCCGGGCUCUGGCUGGGCUACUCAAGGACAUUCAGAGACUUGUCCUGUAGCCACUCCUGCGUUGUUUUGGCUGUGUGCUUAGGGUGGUUGUCCUGUUGGAAGGUGAACCUUCGCCCCAGUCUGAGGUCCUGAGCACUCUGGCGCAGGUUUUCAUCAAGGAUCUCUCUGUACUUUGUUCCGUUCAUCUUUCCCUCAAUCCUGAUUAGUCUCCCAGUCCUUGCCGCUCAAAAAAAAAAUCCCCACAGCAUGAUGCUGCCACCACCAUGCUUCACCGUAGGGAUGGUGACAGGUUUCCUCCAGAUGUGACGCUUGGCAUUCAGGCCAAAGAGUUCAAUCUUGGUUUCAUCAGACCAGAGAAUCUUGUUUCUCAUGGUCUGAGAGUCUUUAGGGGCCUUUUGGCAAACUCCAAGCGGGCUGUCAUGUGCCUUUUACUGAGGAGUGGCUUCCGUCUGGCCUGAUUGGUGGAGUGCUGCAGAGAUGGUUGUCCUGGAAGUUUCUCUCAUCUCCACAGAGGAACUCUGGGGCUCUAACAGAGUGACCAUCGGGUUCUUGGUUACCUCCCUGACCAAGGCCCUUCUCUCCCGAUUGCUAAGUUUGGCCGGGUGUUCAGCACUAGGCAGAGCCUUGAUGAUUCCAAACUUCUUCCAUUUAAGAAUGAUGGAGGCUACUAUGGUCUUGAGGACCUUCAAUGUUGCAGAAAUGUUUUCGUACCCUUCCCCAGAUCUGUGCCUUGACACAAUCCUGUCUCGUCACACUACUGACAAUUCCUUCGACCUCCUGGUUUGGUUUUUGCUCUGACAUGCACUGUCAACUGUGGGACCUUAUAUAGACAGGUGUGUGCCUUUCUAAAUCAUGUCCAAUCAAUUUAAUUUACCACAGGUGUACUCUAAUCAAGCUGUAGAAACAUCUCAAGGAUGAUCAAUGGAAACAGGAUGCACCUGAGCUCAAUUUUGAGAAUCAUAGCAAAGGUUCUGAAUACUUAUGUAAAUAAGUAUUCUGUUUUAGUUUUUUUAAAUAUUUGCAAAACAUUUUAAAAACCUGUUUUCGCUUUGUCAUUAUGGGGUACUCUGUGUAGAUUGAUGAGGAAAAACAUUUAAUUUAAUCCAUUAGACAAGGCUGUAACAUAACAAAAUGUGGAAAAAGUCAAGGGGUCUGAAUACUUUCCGAAUGCACUGUAUAUUGAUAGGACUAAAUUGAAAUGUUUCUUACAGAAUAAAUAUUAAAUGCAUAACCAUGGUAGCGAUUGAAAGGGAAUAGUUUGGAGUAUCAGACAAAAGUUGAGGAUACAACAGUUCACCUGGCACAAGACUGAAUCCAAACAUUACACUGUUAAUUUUACGUGCAUUUUACAUUUACUGUACUUUUCGAUGCAUUUGUUGAUAACGAAAUCAGAAAAUACUCUGGAUAAAUUCAGUAACAUGAUAAGAAUAUUCCUGGAAAAGUGAUAGAAUAAUUUGUAUGUUUAAGAUAAUGACUAAAGUAUUCCACCCUGAAACCAUAUAAUUGUAUGAAAUGUGUUAAGAGCCAUACAUCAAUAAUGUGUGUUACUAGGCCACUGUGAUACUAUUUCGCAAUAUGAGCUGGGUAUAGUUGAGACAUUCAAGGACAACUGAACAGUCGACUUGUGCUAACGUUGAAACUAAUAACUGGAAAGAGGCCUCCCCACCCUAGGGAGGAGAAAAAUGUUAGAAAUGGCUAGGCGUGCAGAAGAUGAUGAAACAUGUUGCAGAAGGGUGAUAAACAAUGUAUGUGAAUUGUGGAAAAAUACAGCCCACCUAAAGAGAGGUGGAGUUUCUACUGAUGUGAGUUCAUUUGUGUGUGUGUGUACUAUAAAAAGAUUGUGUUCUCAUUUUGAAGUCAGAGUGCUCUCUGAAUAAAGUAUUGAUCUAUUGCAGACUGGGACUUUGUCUAUUUCUUCAUUAACCAGGGCCUUACAACCUCUGGGAAUUGGUCAAAGCUAUAGUGACAGUUGAGUUCAUCCAUUGGGAUAAAAAUUCUCGUGACAAAAAGUGGGGUAGGUGCAACGUAAGACAAGGGUUUGAGUGAGAGGACUAACUGGUGUCUCCAAGUGGCCACACAAGUCAUUUCAAUGCACUUUUAUGACUCAAAGAAGGCUUUUCAACUAUAAAGUGCUUUUUUGAGCCUUCCUAGCUGUGCAGUUGAGGAACUAGAGCAAGCACACUUGACGUUGUUUUGUUUGGAACACAACCCUGCAAUCACACAAUUAUUGUUGUUUCCGCAAUCCAAAAACGGACCAUUAUAAAUCGCAUCCUGCGUCAGGUGGGCAUCAUUUGAAAGCUUGUUCUAUUGCCGACAUGACUAGCUAAGUUUUCAAAUAAGAUCUUAUAGUGUUAGGCUUUCACAAGGCAAUGCAGAGAAACGGAUCAACAUUUUGGUGCACAUAGAAAGUGGUUCCGCGGCAAAUUUUGUUACAACAGGCAAACAUCUCAUUUUGUUUAGAACAACCCACGGUAUGACAUAUUGUAACUGAACAUCAAACAUAGUGAUCAUAAACAUUGACACCGUAUAUGACAUGAGCUUUAUGAUAUGGAAAUGGGAAGUGCACAUUUAGACUCAAGUGGGGUUUGGUUUGCUUGUUUGACAUCAAAGCGAUAUUUAUUAUAAUCCUCAACGUCAUCUUUCAAAAUACAUUGAGUCCUCUUAAUUUACAGCAUUUCCCUCGUUUCCUUCACUCAGUCAACAAAAAAAUAGCAAAAGUACCCCAAUUAGAGGGAGGGACGGGGGCAACUUCUUGUCACGUACAGUGCUCAAGUUCAGAACAACUGUCAGUCAAAACCCAUACAGUGCUGUGAAGCGCAG